AUGAUCAACUCGAUGUUCCUGAGCACCCUUGGCCUUGCCAUGCUCCUGGGGUCUGCUUCGGCCGCCCGUCCUGCUGCAGGAGACUCUUGUGCUCUUGCUCAGCUUGGCGACUACAGCUGCGGCAGCGACAGCAACAUUGUCGUCUGUGCCUAUGUCAGCCAGACUCAGACCCAGUGGGUUGAGCAGUCCCGAGCCCCCACCGGCCAGUACUGCUACACUGACGGAUACGACAUCGUCUAUGUGCCCAUCAACGUCAAGCCCGACCCACCCACUCCCUCAUACAAGCCCACCCCCAAGAGCAACUGCACUUCGUAUAGUCGCGGUGCAACCCGCUGCGGCGACAGCAACAACAUUGUCGUUUGCGACUACGACACCUCGGCCUACAGCCCCACUCUUGUCUGGCUCCCCAAGAAGACCUGUGCCAGCAACUCAACCUGUGGCUUCAAUGGCAACGAGAUUACCUGUGUCAUCAAUGGAAACAAGCCCACCCCGAUUCCCAUCCCUCCCACCAACGGCCCCGGUUGCUCGGAUCUCUGCACCACCAAUGGCGACUAUGCCUGUGGUAACAACAACGACAUUCUCGUCUGCCACUAUGACGCCAACAGCCAGCUGCGAUGGAUCCAGAUUGGAGUCUGUCCCUCGGACCAGUACUGCUCCAAGACCCCCAUGGCCAACGGCUUCUCGUACACUUGCGCACUCCGCAGCGAUUACCGGCCUCAGUCUAGCCAGCCCCCCAAGCCCACGGGCAGCACUCCGCCUACUCCUACCAACAAGCCUUUCAAGAAGUGCAAGUUCCUUUAA